UGCUCCCAAAACACAAGACGUGGAGUUUUCGCCGUGUACUACAAAGAUACUCUUUGGUACUAUACAAACAAUAUUGAAUACUGUAUAAUCAAUGGCGUUGUAUGUUCAAUAAGAUGCCUUAUUUUACGUAGAUUCUGUGCUAUUUACAUAUAAUUAUCUUAUUUCAAAUAGAGAACGCGAUAUCAUAUUUACUGAGUUAUCGUAUUUUAAUAUUUUUGCUGGUGCUUGUGUCCAGCACAUUGAAUUUGUACUAAUACUAGCCGCAUUAGGAUGGAUUUAAACACAUUUAAUAAUUCUAUACUUUGUAAUAUUUUCCUUGUCUUCAUUUUCAACUUUAUAAGAUGUAAUGCAGGUGUCAUUCCCUCAGGAAACCUUGGGCUAGAUGAGAAAUCUGAUAGCAAGCGUGAAAGUAUGCAUACAGACGAGAGUAGUUUGCCUUGCUGGCAACGAGAAGACUAUAAAGUGAUGGGAGUGUGUGAAAGGUGUGAAUAUUAUGAAACGAAUGUCUUCCAGUAUUGUAAAGUAACUGGUUAUAAGUUGUUACUGAAGUGCAAAGAAUCAAAUAUUAAUACAUAUAAAAGUUGUGAGGCCAGUGGCUGGCCCAUAGAGAAACAUUUCUGGGCGUUUGAGGGCACAAUGAUAGGGCUUGGUAUAGUAUCGUGUUCAGUCGUUUACUUUCGAAGGCAGAUGCUGGAUGCAGAAACAAGACGACGAGUCCGAUUACAAAUUGAAAAUUCUUUAUGAUAAUUGCUUUUGCAGUAUUUGUUUUAUUUAUUUGUUUGUGUUAUUAAUAGUUAAUAUUGUAUGUCCUGUGGAUACACAUUCAAACCUUAUGAUUUUAAAAGCCACUUUGUAGACAUUUAUGUUUAUCAAAGCUCCUUUGGAUAUAGUUUUAUCAUUGUAUACUCACUGUUAUUGUUAUGAAUGUGCAAGCUCAGUGGUCUAGAGGUUAUGGCACCAGGCUAGUUAUUUGGAGGUUGUGAGUACCGGGUAUUCAGUACAGCAACAUUUCAGGUAGAGAUAAACAUCACUCCUAUGGAAUUUCCUGAUGCAAAAACAACAUCUAAAUAGUUAAGAAAGGAAUUUUGUUUCACUUUAUUUGCAUUCUUUUCUCCACCCAAGAAUGAAAUUGGUACCUGAUUUGAUUGGUGCAACAAAACCUAGUGUUUUUAAGGAAUGACCAGUGGUAAUAAUGCAUCAUACACUUGAACAUACUAUAUGAAAUCUGCGCAUUGGAAUUAUAAUUAUUACAUUAUUAUAUAAUGCACAUUGUGUAAUCUUCUAAUUCAGGUGUAAGACAAAUUGGGGGUUAAAUUAUUUUGUAGGUAUUGAUGAAGGCCAGAUUGACAGGAAAUGGGAUGGUUCAAAAUGAGAAUUUGAAAUAAAUAGCAAAAUGUAGCAUAAAAUAAUGGUACAUUAGGUCUUUUUUUAAUAGCUGUGUAAGUUUAUUCUAUGCUGGCUUUAAAAAGUAAACCAUUGUUUGAUCAAACCAUAGAGAAAACUAUACUUAUAUAUGAAAGGAAUUUAUAUUGGGAUGCUGAAUUUAGAUAUAAAUAUGUAUAAUUUUAAGUUAUAAUGAGUAAAUUAAAACAGUAGGUUAAUUGUCUCUAUAAUUAUAAUUACUUUAAUAUUAUUAAUAAUAUUAGUAUCAUGUUUAUUGUCAUCUAUAUACAGUAUUCGAAUUAUGAAAGAUUUUGUAAUAAACUGAUCUGAAGAGAUA